CGCUCAGCUGUCGCAAAAGUCCCACAGUAAAGGAAGUUGUCGCAGAAGUCACAGAAGUCACACGGUUAAGGAAGCAUCCAAAUUCUGGAGUCCGAGUCUUCUACACUAACUAACUUAUACUUAUGUGUUGGAGUUCCAGGGACCUAGAUCUUGCAUCUCACUCGCUACGGAUACCAUCAACGAUCAUGACGAGCGGAAGUAGCAGUGUUAGCGUCACGCAUGAGCAGGUCAUCCUCGGACAGGCAAACCUGCACAGGUGACGUUAACCCAGGUUCCUGCACCGCAGAACGCGUCCCUUCCGUUCGCGACCCCAUUAAUCCCUCUUGAGUCAAGUUCCCGUAUCUCUCAAGAGGACAAGGACGCUCUCUGUGUUGAGCUCGCCUCCGGAUGGAAGAAAACGUCGCACACGGUCAUCAUGAUAGUCGUUACUUAUUAUAAGCAAACUCUCUGGCAUCUCUUCCAUUACCUCCUCUGGCAGGGCGCAACGACGGAGCAUGCGGGCGCAGAUGUUAGUUAUGAGUAUUAUGAGCAGCCACCUCAUCCAACACCCACAAAUGCCGAUCAAGCAUCCGCAACCCAUCUUUCCAAGCGUCCUCCAACCAGGCGACCUCGUCCGGGUCCACGACUACCAUCGCCUCUCAGUCCCGCGCAUGUUCAUGAAUGUGAUGCAUUCUGGUACUGUGAGUGGCGUGGGUGGAGAAAACGGUGGGGAUGUGAUCAUCAAUUUUUUUUCGUCCAUACGCCUUUCUCGAGUUCAGACGUGCUUAGGUGUUUACUGCGUACAUCCCGCUCCUUCCCGCUCUCUGUAGUGUUCCACACUACCAAAGAACACAACAAUGCAGAGCUCGCUGCGUCUCCAGAAUCUGUUUGCACAACUGCCGUUGAACAUAACAGCAAGUGAAUGUAUGCGGGUUAGUAUGUGACGAUGCUUGAGGGGUGGCGGAAGAUUGGUUUUGGAGACACCUCAGGGGGAAGUGCGCUUGUACUGCCAGCGUAAUUCUUGGGGAGUACCACAGGGACUCGCAGGACUUCGGUUGUAACAGUUUUACGUCGAGCUGGACACACUUGAUGUGUGAACCUGACUGGAAUGUAAACAUAUGUUCAUUCUCGAAUUUCUUGUAUCUCUCAUGUGCCAACCGGUAUCUACUGUUCUUGUAGGUCAAGCGAAAAUUUUUACACCAUAACUGAUGGACGUUCUCCUCGCCACCCGUACUUAAACGUUCUGAACGAUUAGUAACAGCAACAUCCCGACCGUCACCAUCCCUUUUUUUUCUUUUUGCUCUAAGCCCAAC